AUGUCCAACUGCAGCUCCAUCACUGAGUUCCUCCUCCUGGCAUUCGCAGACACACGGGAGCUGCAGCUCUUGCACUUCUGGCUCUUCCUGGGCAUCUACCUGGCUGCUCUCCUGGGCAAUGGCCUCAUCAUCACUGCCAUAGCCUGCGACCACCACCUCCACACCCCCAUGUACUUCUUCCUCCUCAACCUCUCCCUCCUCAACCUGGGCUUCAUCUCCACCACUCUCCCUAAAGCCAUGGCCAAUUCCCUCUGGGGCACCAGGGCCAUCUGCUACACAGGAUGUGCUGCUCAGGUCUUUUUCUUUUUCUUUCUGAUCUCAGCAGAAUAUUCCCUUCUCACAGUCAUGGCCUAUGACCGCUACAUUGCCAUCUGCCAACCCCUGCACUACGGGACCCUCCUGGGCAGCAGAGCUUGUGUCCACAUGGCAGCAGCUGCCUGGGGCACUGGGUUUCUCUAUGCUGUGCUGCACACGGCCAAUACAUUUUCUAUACCACUCUGCCAUGGUAAUGCUGUAGAACAGUUCUUCUGUGAAAUCCCCCAGAUCCUCAAGCUCUCCUGCUCAGAUGCCUACGUCAGGGAAGUUGGGCUUCUUAUAUUAAGUUGUUUUUUAAUAUUUGGUUGUUUUGUUUUCAUUGUGCUGUCCUAUGUGCAGAUCUUCAGGGCUGUGCUUAGGAUCCCCUCUGAGCAGGGACGGCACAAAGCCUUUUCCACGUGCCUCCCUCACCUGGCCGUGGUCUCCCUGCUUGUCAGCACUGCCCUGUUUGCUCACCUGAAGCCCCCCUCCAUCUCCUCCCCAUCCCUGGACCUGGUGGUGGCAGUUCUGUACUCGGUGGUUCCUCCAGCAGUGAACCCCCUCAUCUACAGCAUGAGGAACCAGGAGCUCAAGGGUGCAGUUCAGACACUGAUGACUAGAUGUUUUUCAGAAGCAAUAUACUGCGUGACAUCUUCUCCAUAUCAUUUUUAA